AGGAAAACGGUUUAAAUCACUGGUUGGCCUUUCAAGGCCGAUUGCCAGAGCUCUUUCAGUGUUGUAAAGAGACGCCAUGGCCGACCGCGUGGGCUCGCAGCAGAUGAACCUGACGGCCGUGCGCCGCCACGACCCGUACGUGGCCGACAUUGUGGACAGCGCCACCCAGGUGGCCGUCUACGAGUACAACUCGCCGGCCAGCGAGUGGCAAAAAACAGACAUGCAGGGAGCGCUCUUCGUCUACAAAAGGUCGGGUCCGCCCUACCACAGCUUCAUGGUGCUCAACCGUUUGAACACGAAGAACCUGCUGCAGCCGCUCACCAAGGAGCUGGAGUUCCAGCUGCAGGCGCCCUUCCUCCUCUACAGAACGUCGCAAG